GGUGGGAGCAGCUUCUGAACGUGGCCAACGGGCUGCAGCACUGACUCCACCGCGAGCCUGUCAAACACAAGCAACACAGCCAACAUGGCGGACUGGGACGCUGACAACUUCGAGCCGGAGGAGCCGAUUAAAAAGGCGGCAGGGCUGGACAAGUGGGAAGGCGAAGACGAAGAUGAAGACGUUAAGGACAACUGGGAUGAUGAGGAUGAAGAGGAUGAGAAAAAAACAGAGGUGAAGAAAGCAGGUGUGUAUUCACUGUGGAUUCUAAACCAGAAUGCAUUGUGGGUGAUUAGUGGCUGCAAAUUCAAAUACUUUCUUAUUUCUAUAUUUUUUUCAGAGAUGAAAGUUUCUGAAAAGAAGAAGUUGAGUGAAAAGAUCAAAGAGAAGGAAAACCGGCUAAAGAAAAAACAGCAGGAGCUAAAAGAGAUGGAGACACAGGAAGAAGAUCUCACUCCUGAAGACCAACUCGCAGAAAAGUUAAGAGUGAAGAAAUUACAGGAAGACGCAGACCUGGAACUAGCAAAAGAUGCAUUUGGCGUCAGCAGCACCUCAAACAGUGUCACUGGGAUUGAUGCCAUGUGUCCAUCUUCCAAAGAAGACUUCACAGAGUUCGAAAAAGUGCUGAAAGAAAAGAUAACCCAGUUUGAAAAAUCUGUGCAUUAUUCAAGUUUCUUGGAUUCGUUGUUUCGGGAACUUUGUAUUUCAUUGGAAGUAGAUGACUUGAAGAAAAUCAGUAAUUCCCUGUCAGUUCUACUUAGUGAAAAACAGAAACAAGAAAAACAAAACAAAGGAAAGAAGAAGAAGAAAGGUGUUGUACCUGGAGGCGGUUUGAAAGCACAGAUGAGAGAUGACCUUGACUAUGCAGAGUUUGACGGCGGCUACGCCCAAGACUAUGAGGACUUCAUGUGACACUGGCUCCAUCGCCACGGCCCUUUCCCCCUCCCCACCCUCAGAAAUGCAGCUGUACAUUCUAAUGCUGUCCAGUGCCAUCCUGGAGAAUCUGAACUAUAUGUUGCCCCCUUCAUUUUGCUUCAGUGACCAGAGGGACUCUACCAGGAAGCAUCCAGUCUCACCACUCUAUGUUCUUACAUAUGGAAUUGCCUUUUCUCUGUCUCAUUCAGCCUCGACUCUCUCUCACACACACACACACACACACACACACACACACACACACACACACACACACACACACACACACACACACACACUCACACUCGUGACACCUGUUGGGUAACCCAGCUUCAAUGGAAAAUACACGGUAACUGCUGUUGUUGGAGUUUUGCGGGGCUAAUUUUUUUAUUAAAUGCUGCUCCUGUCAAAAUGCCAGAUACAGUAUUGCAGUUAUAAGUGUAGUGACAUAGAAACAUGAGGUUCUAUGCAAAUUCUCUAACCAGAAUGUCAUGUAUAUAUAUUAUAGGUCUCACUGACCUGUGGAGGCUUCCCUCACAGGAAAGUGUAUAUAGUAUCUAUAACUUUGGUUGCCAAAUGCAGAACAAUUAUUCAGUACAUCCUUCAUCUUUAUCUCUGGAAAGGUUGCAUUUUAGGUGAUUUGAGACUGACUCAUCAUGUAAGUAGUAGUUAUAAUUUUACAGAGAGCACAUGACAUUCACUGUAAGAUAAAAGGGAUAGACAAGUAUAAUAAAUGUGACUUUAAAACCUCACAGCCAUUCUCUGAUACAUCUCUGGAAUAUCCUUGAAAAUACAGAGCAAAGAGUGCUUAUAGGUAUUUUUUGUGCAUGACAAAAAUGUAAUUUACUAAUUUGAUUUCUACUAAUGCAGAAAACGUACGGAUCAGGCAAGUGGACUAACUUGCUCUAACUGGUCUCCUAAUCAUUGCUUCUGCAGGCUUGUAUCAAGUGUGAUGAGGAGCGGGGGCUUCUGGGCUUCACCCCACCAUGUCUUCAUAUGGGCUACAGGUAGUCGAAAGGGGCCUGUUUCUCCUUUUCUUCUCCAGCAAUUGACCAGUUUCAAUGUUACAUGGACAAUUGGAUACAUUCAAUGUGGGGACAGCAUCUGCAGUGUUUUAUAAGCAUCUAAUUUAAUAAAUCACUGGUCAAAAGGA